AUGGAAAACCAAUAAUAAGUUUAAAUAUAAUAAAACACUAAUUAAAUUUAAGAAGAAAACAUAUAAAACAACACUACUAACUAAUAAACUGUACAAAUCCAAAUAUAAGAAAAACCAGAAAAAGCGAAAAUAAUUUAUAAAAGAAUUGGUGUCGAUAUACAUAUAGAUAAAGAUGAUGCAGAAAUUUUUAUUCCUAGUAAUAGAAUUGAAGUUUUAGAAGGAGUUUCUGAAAAUAAAAAUUUAACAUAAAAAUUGAAGGUUUAGAAAACUUAGUAAACUUAAGUUAUUGAAAAUUUGGAUUUUCCAAAACUUACUAUGUUAGAGUUAGGUUCUAAUAAAAUAGAAAAGAUAUAAAACUUAGAUAAACUUCCUCUUUUAUAGGAACUUUAUUUAGGUAAAAAUAGAAUCAAAUAAAUCGAAAACUUAGAACCUUUAAAAGAUUCUAUGAGUACUUUAGCUUUAACAGCAAAUAGAAUAAUUGAUAUUUCUACAGGAUUAGAAUAAUUGACUAAUUUAACUGAAUUAUAUAUUGCAGAAAAUUAUAUUUCAUAAAUAAAUGGACUUGAUAAUUUAACUAAUUUAAUAUUAUUAGAUUUAUCAAUGAAUAAAAUUACUAAGUUAGAUGGAAUUAAUAAACUAUAAAAACUUUAAGAACUCUGGUUAAAUAUAAACAAGAUCGAAAAUUUUGAUGAUUUAAAUAUUCUAAGUUAAAAUUAAUAAAUACAAACUGUAUAUUUAUAGUAAAAUCCAGUUGCAUAAUUUCCUUCUUAUCGAUAAAAACUAAUUGAGGUUUUACCUAAUAUUAGUUAAAUUGACGCUAUAUUAUUACACCUUUUAAAUUUCAAUGAAUAAAAAGAUUUAUGGUCUGAAUUAUCUUAAUUAUCUUAAAAACUUAAUACAUAGAAUGAUGGUAUUAAAUCUAUAGUAUGCAAUAAAAUUUACUAAGGCCUUGAAUUAGCCUAAACAUAUAAAUAAUUAUGUGAAAAGCAUUUCCCUGAAAUAUUGUAGUAAGUAGAUUUUAAAAACUCUUUUGAUUAAAUAAGAUAAGAAAUAAACAAAUGGGUAGAAACAUAGACAUGUAAUAAAAUUGAAAAUCUUAUACCUGAAGGAGCUAUCAAUAAUCUUACUAAAAUGGUUCUUGUAAAUGCCAUAUAUUUCAAAGGAGAGUGGGCUUCUAAAUUUGAAAAUAAAAAAACAGUUAAAGAAGUGUUCAAUUUAGAAAAUAAUGGUGGUUAAGUAUAAGUUGAUAUGAUGAAGGCUAAAAAGAAAAUUAAUUAUGGUGAAAAUAGUCAUUUUUAAUACAUUUAGUUACCUUAUAAAGGAAAUUAAUAUGCUAUGUAUAUAAUUUUGCCUACAUUAUAACGAUUUGAAUAAAAUCAUCUUAAUUAAAAUAUUUUAAAUGAAGUCUAAACUAAUCUAGAUAAUCUUGAAGUUAAUAUUUCAUUACCUAAGUUCAAAGUUUCCCCAAGUGAAAGCAUUGAUCUUAGUUAAAUCUUAAAAGAUUUAGGUUUAGUUGAUUGUUUCUCUUAAGGAACUGCUGACUUUUCUAAUAUGGAUCCUUCUAAUACAAUUUAUAUUUCACAAGUAUUCCAUAAAGCUAUGAUUGAAGUUAAUGAAGAAGGUGCUGAGGCUUCUGCUGCUACUAGUGCAGUUAUGAUGAUGAGAUGUAUGCCUGUUACUAUGAAUUUCAUUUGCAAUAAACCUUUCAUUUAUUUUAUAAGUAGCUUAAAUACUCAUAAUGUACUUUUUAUGGGAAAAGUUGUAGAUCCAACCAAAAAUUGAUUAAUAUUAUUUAUUUUUUAUAAAAAAAGUAGUAUAUAAAUUAUUAUUUAAAUAAAUAUC